UCUCUCUAUCGUUUAGGCACAAUCUUCUUUUCGAUUCUAUCGAUUCUUACAUUUGAAUUUUAUCAAGUCAACGGUAGCCAAAUUUCAAACUCCAAAAUUUGAUGGUAAAGUUGAUGUAUUAACUCGGAAUGAUUCUUGAUUCUAUUAUGUGGAUAAAGGAAAUCAGAGAUUCGAAAUUUCCCUAUGCUGUUAAUAAUGACGUCGAAGCUGAUAAUAUUUUGUUUAAGAACUCUCCUGAAAGAUUGGUUUUAUUGAAAUGGAUUUAUACCCUGACAAGUGGGUUUUUAAAUGAUAUUCCACCUGGAGAGCUGGCAGAUUAUUUUCUCAACAUUGGUAUUGUAGAGGGUGACUCUUUCGAAUUUGUUGAAGGUAAGAGCCCAAAACAUCAUCAAAAGAAAGUUUGGAGUAAUUUGUUUCGUUUUGCAAAAAUGAUGAAAUAUUCACCUGAAAUCAGCCAACGCUUCACUGAAAAGUAUUGUGACAUAAUGCCUUUAUCUUGUGUAUUAGCUGAUGAGCAUCCAUCAACAUCAACAAAAACAGAAUCAUCGUUAUUUGAGCCUGAGAUUCCUAAUUUCGAUAAUAUUAUUUGUACACUUGAGGAACAAGUCGCUAAGCCUGUUGUUACCAGCUCUGAAGAAAAUAAGAUAGUAUUAUGUAAGUUGAAAGAGUACUUGAACAGAUUAAGUCUUAUCAAUGGAAAAAUAAGUUCACCUGAAUCAUUGAAUGUUAUUAAAGAUCAAUAUGAAUUUGGACAUCAUACUGCUGAUCUCUAUAAAAAUAUGCAAACUCUCGAAAAUGUUUUGAUGUCAAGCGGCAAUGUCAUUUCUUCCAUGAGGCAGCUAGAGAAAACAUUAGAUGAUCGUUUAUCAAAGAGUGAAGAUACCCUGGAAUUUGUUUCUAAACUCAAGAAAUUCAGUUGACAUUUUCAAUGAUCAAAAAGGUGUUAUAUAUAUUUGUAAAUAAUUUAUAAAUGUAAAUAAGUUAUCAUGUGUACGUGUGUAUGUAUUAUUUAAUCUUCAAUAAUUUUGUGUUACAAUUAAAGUUUUCUUAUCAUAUCAAUUUUGACAAUAAUAAUGUUAAACAUAUUUUUGGUACUCCAUAAAUAGCCGGUCGGGUCUGACUGCUAUCUGCCAAUGUUUAUAACCUUAACACUGAUAAUUCUGAUAAGUCACUGAUAAUUCCUAUCCUGGUAUUUAUUGUAUUAUAUUCAUAUUAUUGAAAUUGAAAACAAAAACAAAUAUAAUAAUAAAAAAAUAUAUAUAUUAAGUAGAUGACAUAUAUAAUUCCUAUAAAUAUUAAAAAGACGAAAAGAAAUGUAAUAAUAACAAAACAAUUAUUCCAGCUUCUUGAAAAUAUUUGAUAGCCUCUUCUUCUGUAGACCGCAAUUCUCACAAUAUAAUAUAAUUUGACACAUCUAUAAUUUGACGAAAAUCACAUUAAUGGAACAAAAAUAAACGAUGAAAUAACUCGAGAUAAGAAGAGAGGUUAUGUGAUGAAACUUUAGAUAAUAAGGGAUGUUUCAUCCCGACCGGCUAUUUAAGGAGUACCAUAUUUUUUAACACAUGAAGUUUUUGAAACUUAAAUCUAUGUAAUAUUUAAUCAAAAUUAAAGGCCUUCAUCAGGGCUAUGAUAAAACCAGAUCACAAUAUUAGAAACUAUUAACUUAUGAAAAAAAAAAAAAUUAACAAACAUAUGAAAAAAAUUAAUGACAGUAAUAAUUUAUAAAACAGAGAAAAAAACUAUGAAGUUAUAGAAUGAAAAUAAUAGAUUUAAAUAGAAAAAAUUAUAGGUACUUAUUCAGUAGCGGGUAGCGUCAAAACCUCCCUUCUUAUCUAAUCUCAUUUCAGAUAACCUCCCUUAUCUCAUCUAACCUAAGUUAUUCUGUUCUUUAGUUUUUGUUUCUUGUGCCAGGUGUGAGUUUAUUUAAUUAUGGAUCUUGUCACAUUGUGGGAAUUGCCGUCUUCAGAAGAAGAGGCUAUCAAAUAUUUUCAAGACGCCGGUAUAUUUGAUAAGGUGAAAUAUUGUGAUGAGGGUCAUAAAAUGAAGUUUGACGGGAAGAUUAAAUGGAGAUGCUUUCGUAGGUGUAACAAAAAGGUUUCUAUAAGGAAAGGAACGUGGUUAGAGGGGUCGAGGAUUUCUUUUUUAACGGCUUUAAAAUUCAUUUAUGGGUGGUCCCAUAAUUUAACUACAAUACAGUGGGGGAAAGAGCAGCUCAAACUAUCCAUCGGAACUGUCGUAGCAUGGAACAAAUUUUUAAGAGAAGUUUGUGCCCAUGACAUGUUAUACAGGUCGAAUAAAAAAAUUGGAGGGCCUGGCAAAGUCGUCGAAGUAGACGAGUCUUUUUUCGAAAAGAAAAAAUCAUGUGGGGAGAGUCCUACCUGAGCAAUGGAUGUUUGGCAGAGUUUGCCGAGAAACAGACGAGUGUUUUAUCGUUAAAAUAAACGAUAGAAAAGCAACAACUUUAUUAGAAGCCAUUAAAAACAAUGUAGAAGAGGGAAGCACCAUUUAUUCCGACUGUUGGAAAGGAUACAACACCAAACAACUCAAUGAAGCAAACUACAAUCAUUUUCAGGUGAAUCACAGGUAUAAUUUUGUUGAUUCAUCAAGUGGAGUCCAUACUCAACACAUUGAACGAUUAUGGGGCUCAGCUAAGUGGAGAAAUAAAAAACACAGAGGAAUUGCCAGACAACACCUGGAUUCAUAUUUAUGUGAGUUUUUAUGGCGGUGGGCUCAUAGAGAUCAGGAUCCCUUCCUCGGUAUUUUAAAUACCAUAAAAAUUAUUUUCCCUACCAAAAUAAAAUUUUUCACAUUUUGUUUCUAUCGUUUCUUCAUAAUGUUUGUUUUAUAUGUACAUAUGCUGUUUAAGUAGUUUUU